GCAGGCGGGAUUAGCUCAUCUCGGCCGGAGCAGUGGCGGCUCCGUCCCCCUCCUUCCCUUCCCUUCCCGGUCUCAUUCCGGGUCGCAGCUGGGCUCCGUGGCGCUCCUUGGCGGCGUCUCUCCUCCUCCUCCUCCAGCCGGCUCUAUGGCUCUGUGUAAUGGAGAAGCCAAGCUGGAGAAUGUUGGAGAAGAUCUCAAGGAUGGCCUGUGCCGCUAUGAAGGAGCUGUAGUAAUACUUGAUGCUGGAGCUCAGUAUGGGAAAGUCAUAGAUCGCCGAGUCAGAGAAUUGUUUGUCCAGUCAGAGAUCUUCCCCCUGGAAACACCUGCAUUCGCCAUUAAAGAACAGGGAUUCCGAGCUAUUAUUAUAUCUGGAGGUCCAAAUUCAGUUUAUGCAGAAGAUGCUCCCUGGUUUGACCCAGCAAUUUUUACAAUAGGCAAACCUGUUCUUGGAAUCUGCUACGGCAUGCAGAUGAUGAAUAAGGUAUUUGGAGGUACAGUACACAAGAAAGAUGUUAGAGAAGAUGGAGUAUUCAGCAUUACUGUAGAUAACAUGUGUUCACUGUUCAGAGGACUUCAGAAAGAAGAGAUUGUCCUGCUCACACAUGGAGAUAGUGUAGAUAAGGUAGCAGAUGGAUUCAAAGUUGUUGCACAGUCUGGAAAUGUUAUAGCAGCUAUAGCAAAUGAAUCUAAAAAACUGUAUGGGGCACAGUUUCAUCCUGAAGUUAGCCUUACAGUGAAUGGAAAAAUAAUGCUGAAAAACUUUCUUUAUGAUAUUGCCGGGUGCAGUGGAACAUUCACCGUUCAAAAUAGAGAAUUGGAGUGCAUUCGAGAUAUCAAAGAGAAAGUAGGAUCAUCAAAGGUUUUGGUUUUACUUAGUGGAGGUGUGGAUUCCACAGUAUGUACAGCAUUACUGAAUCGUGCUUUGGAUCAAGACCAAGUGAUAGCAGUGCACAUAGAUAAUGGAUUCAUGAGGAAGAGGGAAAGUCAGUCUGUAGAAGAGGCACUAAAAAAACUGGGAAUUCAAGUUAAAGUGGUAAAUGCAGCUCACUGGUUCUACAAUGGUACAACAACUCUGCCUAUUUCUGAAGAAGAUAGAACUCCACGGAAAAGGAUCAGUAAAACACUGAAUAUGACUACAAGUCCUGAGGAAAAACGCAAAAUUAUUGGUGACACCUUUGUGAAGAUUGCUAAUGAAGUUAUUGGAGAAAUGAACCUGAAACCGGAGGAAGUCUUCCUUGCCCAGGGCACCUUGAGGCCUGAUCUCAUUGAGAGUGCUUCCAUUGUGGCUAGUGGCAAAGCAGAAGUCAUCAAGACACAUCACAAUGACACAGAGCUUAUCAGAAAACUGAGAGAAGAGGGCAAAGUAAUAGAACCACUAAAAGAUUUUCAUAAGGAUGAAGUAAGAGUACUUGGGAGAGAACUAGGUCUGCCUGAAGAGCUGGUCUCAAGACAUCCAUUCCCAGGUCCUGGCCUUGCAAUUCGGGUAAUAUGUGCUGAAGAACCAUACGUUUGUAAAGAUUUUCCUGAAACAAACAACAUUUUGAAAAUCUUAGCAGACUUUUCUGCAAGUGUUAAAAAGCCUCACACACUGUUGCAGAGGGUCAAAGCAUGCACAACUGAGGAAGAUCAGGAGAAAUUAAUGCAAAUCACAAGUCUACAUUCACUGAAUGCUUUCUUGCUGCCAAUCAAAACUGUGGGAGUACAGGGUGAUUGCCGAUCUUACAGCUAUGUAUGUGGGAUCUCCAGUAAAGAUCCUCCACACUGGGAGUCUCUAAUGUUCCUGGCCAGGCUCAUACCGCGCAUGUGUCACAACAUAAACCGAGUUGUCUAUGUGUUUGGCCCACCAGUCAAGGAACCUCCCACAGAUGUUACUCCCACUUUCCUGACUACAGGAGUCCUCAGUACAUUGCGGCAAGCUGAUUUUGAGGCUCAUAAUAUUCUCAGGGAGUCUGGUUAUUCUGGAAAAAUCAGCCAGAUGCCAGUAAUCUUGACACCGUUGCAUUUUGAUCGAGAUCCCUUACAGAAACAACCUUCCUGUCAAAGAUCAGUGGUUAUUCGAACCUUUAUUACUAGUGACUUCAUGACUGGUAUUGCAGCAACUCCUGGCAAUGAGAUUCCAGAAGAGGUUGUAUUGAAAAUGGUGACAGAGAUCAAGAAGAUUCCUGGCAUUUCACGGGUGAUGUAUGACUUGACAUCGAAACCACCAGGAACAACUGAGUGGGAGUAAUUAUUUCCCCUCCAGUGAAAGUACUGUAUGCAGUUUUAAAUUAUAUCAGAAACCAUUCCCAGUGUUGACAUGCAGUACUGUGAAAAGAGUGACCGGAGCUGCUGCUACAUCACAUGUGAUUAUUUUUUAUUUCUUUUCUCCUGGAGCGUAAUCUGCAAAUUAAGAGUGAUGACUUGGGGUGGGAGGGAGGUGUAAGGUAAGUGGGGCUGAGGAUAUGUACGGGUAAAAUAAUUAGGGCAGCAUUGCCUAUGUGCAGAUAGAUUUAUAUUGCUUUGCCUUUCUUUUUGUUUUAUUGACUCUUCCCAAUUUUUUCAUGUGUUUUUACCGUUAUGUCAUUUCAGUGUCUCUUUUUAAAUUUUUUGUAUACUGUGUAAAAAGAGACCGUUUAUUUACAUUUACCAAAACCAUUGUUAGAGCCUAUUAAUAAUGUAAAAUGAAAAAGUGACCAACUGCUUUUGAAACAGAUUUAUUAUAAAUAAAUAUUUUGCCAAAUGGA